CAUCCAAACCAGCUCAUUCAGCUACCAAGCUAGCUAGCCGUGGUGUGCCAUCUGAAGUGUGAUCGAGCGAGAAGAAGAUGGCGUUGCAUUGGAGCAGCGGCCUCGCGCUCGCCGUGGCGGCGGCGCUCGCCGUGUCCGCGCUCUUCCCGGCGGGCGCCACGGGCCACCCGCUGCCCCCUGCAGCAGGCCUGUUAUUCCCGCAGUUCUACGAGCACACGUGCCCGCAGCUGCAGGAGGUGGUGGGCGCCAUCGUGGCCAAGGAGCACGCCAAGGACCCCCGCAUGGCGGCGUCGCUGGUCCGGCUGCACUUCCACGACUGCUUCGUGCAGGGCUGCGACGCGUCGGUGCUGCUCGACGCCGACGGCAGCGGCAGGUUCCAGACCGAGAAGCGGUCCAACCCGAACCGCGACUCGCUGAGGGGCUACGAGGUCAUCGACGAGAUCAAGGCCGCCCUCGAGCACGCCUGCCCGCAUACCGUCUCCUGCGCCGACAUUGUCGCCGUCGCCGCAAGGGACUCCACCGUCCUGACGGGCGGACCGGGCUGGGAGGUGCCACUGGGACGUAGGGACUCGCUCACCGCCAGCUUGAGCGGCUCCAACAACCUCAUCCCUGCUCCCAACGACACCCUCCCCACCAUCGCCGCCAAGUUCCACAACCAGGGACUUGACAUCGUGGACCUCGUCGCUCUCUCAGGAGCACACACCAUCGGCGACUCGCGCUGCGUCAGCUUCCGGCAGCGGUUGUACAACCAGAACAACGACGGGCGCCCGGACCCGACGCUGAACCCGGCCUACGCGGCGGAGCUGCGCGGGCGGUGCCCCAAGUCCGGCGGCGACCAGAUCCUCUUCGCGCUCGACCCAGCCACCCAGUUCCGGUUCGACAACCAGUACUACAAGAACAUCCUGGCCAUGAACGGCCUGCUCAACUCCGACGAGGUCCUGCUCACGCAGAGCCACGAGACCAUGGAGCUCGUCAAGAGCUACGCCGCCAGCAACGAGCUCUUCUUCGACCACUUCGCCAAGUCCAUGGUCAAGAUGGGCAACAUCUCGCCUCUCACCGGUCACAGCGGGGAGAUCAGGAAGAUCUGCAGGAGGAUCAACCACCACUAGGCAGAUCAAGGGACUCUGUCCGAAGCUGGUGAUGAUUUCAGCGUGUUUCUCGCUUCUUGGUUUGCAAUGUUCCUUUCAAGUGUAAACGUGUGAUUAUUGCAUUUUGCUCUUCGUGUUGCACCGUAACGGUUGCAAUCGUGCUUUUUUUUUCCCUCCAUCUUUCGGUGUUCAUAUUUCAUCUGUGCAAUGUGCUACACUUGUACCAGGAAAUGAUCCAAUAAAAUGUUUAUCUCUUGUCCA